CUUGCAGACAGCCCGUCAGCUCCAGUAAAUGUCACAGUCAAACACCUGAAAGCCAACUCAGCCGUUGUGACUUGGGAUGUUCUGGAAGAUGAAGUUGUCAUUGGAUUUGCAAUUUCCCAACAGAAGAAGGACGUGCGGAUGCUGCGCUUCAUCCAGGAGGUGAACACCACCACCCGCUCCUGUGCCCUCUGGGACCUAGAGGAGGACACUGAGUACAUUGUGCAUGUCCAGUCCAUCAGCAUCCAAGGCCAGAGCCCUGCCAGUGAGCCAGUCCUCUUCAAGACCCCCAGGGAAGCUGAGAAACUAGCCUCUAAAAAUAAAGAUGAGGUGACGAUGAAGGAGAUGGCGAAGAAAAACCAACAGCUGCGAGCAGGGGAAAUUCUCAUCAUUGUUGUGGUGUUGUUUAUGUGGGCAGGGGUGAUCGCCCUGUUUUGCAGACAGUACGAUAUCAUCAAAGAUAAUGAGCCAAAUAACAGCAAGGAGAAAGUCAAGAGCGCCUCGGAGAACAGCACUCCCGAGCACCAGAGUGGAGGGCUCCUCCGCAGCAAGGUGAGAUGCUGCUGGCACACAGUGGGGCCCAGGGCAGACGAUCAACUUCCCGCUGGGCUUCAGCUGAAUUACCCAAAAGCAGCCUCUGUUAAACAUCCUCACUCCAGCCUCCUCCCUCCAGCUGGGAUGCAGAAAGGAAACAGCCCUUCACAUCCACGCGUGCCAGUACCACAGCUUGUUAGUGGUCUGAGCCUCCCAGGCACAUCAGGGCACCGGCACUUCACUCCCACUUCUGGAUGA